CCAUGGAAACGCGGCCUAGCGGAGACGCCGAAGCCUCUCCAAAACCCCCUCAGACCAUGGCGGAGGCCGUGUGGAACGAGGACCCAGGCGGGGCAGUCUAUCGUUCCCGGGACCCCAUCAGCAACUUGCGCGUCAGAGUUCAGAUCCAGCGCGUGACCUCCACCAGCCUCCUGCUGCAGCAGUUGCACCUGCCUUUCAGCCAGUCAGGACAGCAGCUCAUCAGCUUGGCCAACCUCGGCACCCACAACACAGCAAGUAACCAUUGUCCUGAUGAGGAGAAAGAGGAGGCCGUGAUCGGCUGGCAAGAGAAACUCUUCAGUCAGUUUGAGGUCGAUCUCUAUCAGAACAAGUCUGCCUGCCAAAGCCCUCUCGACCAGCAGUACCACCAGGACGUGCUGAAGCUAGAAGAGUCUGGGGGUCGGAAGAACCGUCGGAUCUUCACCUACACAGACCAUGACCGCUUCACCAACUUGGAGGAGCACAGCCAGAGGGUCACCACAUCUGUCACAGAAGUCCCUUCGUACCUGGCAGAGCGGAUGGCAAAUGUGAGGAGGAGGAGGCAGGAGCGGAGGCCGAGGGAAGGGAGCAUCCUGAAAACCCGACUUGUCACCUGGGAACCCUCGGAAGAAUUCAUCAAGAACAACCAUGUCAUCAACACCCCCGUGCAGACCAUGUACAUUAUGGGGGAUUUGGGACCUCAUGGCAAACUUGGUUGCCGGGAGCAUGAGCACGUCCUCUGUACAAUCCAGGUGGACAGCAACGGAGUCAUCACCGUCAAGCCAGACUUCACAGACACAAAAGGCCCUUACAGGAUCGAGCUGGAAGGGGAGAAGCGGGAAAUAUGGAAGUUCACCCUGGAGAAUGCCUCGGCCCCCGUCAAGCCGGAGGAGCAAGAACGAGAGCAGCGUGUCUUCAAGGAUUUGUACAGCCGGCAUAAGGAGUACCUCAGUGGACUUGUGGGCUCUGACUUUGAGAUGACCCUCCCUGGUGCUCUCCGACUCUUCGUUAAUGGUGAAAUUGUUUCAGCUCAGGGCUAUGAGUACAACAACCUCUACAUCCACUUCUUCCUGGAGCUGCCCAGCUGCUGGUCAUGCCCCCCAUCCCAGCAGCUCUCUGGCGUGACACAGACCUGCACUGCCAAGACCCUUGGCAGGGAGAACGUGGCCUUUUUCUCCUUCCCUUUCACCCUGGAGGUCUUCUUCUCCCAGGAAGACGAGUUGGAAGGCCCCCUCCCCCAGUGGCCUGUCCUCUACUUUGAGGUCCUCUCCUUGGACUACUGGCAAAGGUAUCGCGUUGAAGGAUACGGGUUUGUGGUCCUGCCGGAUGUGCCAGGGGCUCACACCAUUACAGCAUCCACUUGGCGUCCCAUGGAGCUGGGAACCUUCUCGGAACUGCAGAGGUUUUUCAUUGGGGGGUCACCGGAGCUGGAGGACAUGACCUAUGCCAGAGUGCCUGGAACCUUUACGGGUGAGCGCCUGAGCCGGUUUGGCUUCCGCACCGAGACGACAGGAAGCGUCACCUUCCGGCUGAACUGCCUGCAACAGUCCAAAGCCUUCCUGGACUCAAGCUCCAUGAGGAAGCGCAUGCAGAGUGUCCUGGACCGGCUGGGCACCUACGGCCAGCAAGGCUCUCUCUACAAUGUCCUGGAGGCUUUCCAGAGGGCCCGGCACCGGAUGCAGGAGGCCCGAGAGAGCCUCCCCCAGGACUUGAUCCACACUUCCGCCUCCAACCUCCAGCUGUGAGGAAAGAAGUCUCGGGUGACUCCUAAUGGCAGCCCUGGCUCCUCCCACUCCCUUGUGGAAGGAGGAGUCUGUGAGCAGCUCCGCCCCGCUUUGCCUCACCAC